CACUGCCACUCACGCAAGCACGCUCACACUUGCACACACACUCGCACACCCCCGGCGCAGGCACCCGGCUGCUUGGCGCGUGUGAGAGCAGCGCGUGGAGGAAGGCUCCAGCCACCGCCCCCCCGCUGACCACUCCCCCUCCUGCCCCCUCCUGGCUCCUCACCCCGCGCUCCAGCCGCUGCCAGUGUGGGUGCUCCGCGGCUGGCUCCUCUCUGGUGUCUUCUCCUUUGCUCUCGGCUCCCCACCCCCUCUCCCUACCCCCUUCUCCUGUACCCUCCCCUCCCCUCCCCUUCCCUCCCCUCUUCUGCAGCGCCUGCAUUAUUUUCCGCCCGCAGCCUAGGCUUGCACCGCUGCUGCAGCCCGGGGAGGUGGGUGGGUGGGCGGGCUGGCUGGUGGGGAGGAGAUUGUGCAAGUUGUAGGGGAGGGGGUGCCCUCUUCUCCCCCACUCCCUUUCCCCCCCUCUAACUCCUUCCCCCUCCUCUUCCCUUUCCCCCUCCCCGCCCCCACCUCCUUCCUCCUUUCCGAAGGGCUGGUAACUUGUUGUGCGGAGCGAGCGGCGACGGCGGCGGCACCAUCCAGGCGGGCACCAUGGGCACGUCCGCGCGCUGGGCGCUCUGGCUGUUGCUCGCGCUGUGCUGGGCGCCCGCGGACAGCGGAGCCACUGGAGCCGGCAGAAAAGCCAAAUGUGAGCCCUCCCAAUUCCAGUGUACCAAUGGCCGCUGUAUAACCCUGCUGUGGAAAUGUGAUGGAGAUGAAGACUGUGUCGACGGCAGUGAUGAAAAGAACUGUGUGAAGAAGACAUGUGCAGAGUCUGACUUUGUGUGCAACAAUGGCCAGUGUGUUCCCAACCGGUGGCAGUGUGAUGGGGAUCCAGACUGUGAAGAUGGUUCUGACGAAAGCCCAGAACAGUGCCAUAUGAGAACAUGCCGCAUAAAUGAAAUCAGCUGUGGCGCCCGUUCUACUCAGUGUAUCCCAGUGUCCUGGAGAUGUGAUGGUGAAAAUGAUUGUGACAGUGGAGAAGAUGAAGAAAACUGUGGCAACAUAACAUGUAGCCCAGAUGAGUUCACUUGCUCCAGUGGUCGCUGCAUCUCCAGGAACUUUGUGUGCAAUGGCCAGGACGACUGUAAUGAUGGCAGCGAUGAGCUGGACUGUGCCCCACCCACCUGCGGUGCCCAUGAGUUCCAGUGCAGCACCUCCUCCUGCAUCCCCAUUAGCUGGGUAUGUGAUGACGAUGCAGACUGUUCAGACCAGUCAGAUGAGUCCCUUGAGCAGUGUGGCCGCCAGCCUGUUAUACACACCAAGUGCCCGGCCAGCGAGAUCCAAUGUGGCUCUGGCGAGUGCAUCCACAAGAAAUGGCGAUGUGACGGGGACCCUGACUGCAAAGAUGGUAGUGAUGAAGUCAACUGUCCUUCUCGAACCUGCAGACCUGACCAAUUUGAAUGUGAGGAUGGUGGCUGUAUCCAUGGCAGCAGGCAGUGUAAUGGCAUCCGAGACUGUGUUGAUGGUUCUGAUGAAGUCAAUUGCAAAAAUGUCAAUCAGUGCUUGGGCCCUGGAAAAUUCAAGUGCAGAAGUGGGGAAUGUAUAGACAUCAGCAAAGUGUGUAACCAGGAGCAGGACUGCAGAGACUGGAGUGAUGAGCCCCUGAAAGAAUGUCAUGUCAAUGAAUGCUUGGUAAAUAAUGGUGGAUGUUCCCAUAUCUGCAAAGACUUAGUUAUAGGCUACGAAUGUGACUGUGCAGCUGGGUUUGAACUGAUAGAUAGGAAAACCUGUGGAGAUAUUGAUGAAUGCCAAAAUCCUGGAAUCUGCAGUCAAAUUUGUAUCAACCUAAAAGGAGGUUACAAGUGUGAAUGUAGUCGUGGCUAUCAAAUGGAUCUUGCCACUGGCGUGUGCAAGGCAGUAGGCAAAGAACCAAGUCUGAUCUUCACUAAUAGAAGAGACAUCAGGAAGAUUGGCUUGGAGAGAAAAGAAUAUAUCCAACUUGUUGAACAGCUAAGAAAUACUGUAGCUCUUGAUGCUGACAUUGCUGCUCAGAAACUGUUCUGGGCUGAUCUCAGCCAAAAAGCCAUCUUCAGUGCCUCAAUUGAUGACAAGGUUGGUAGACAUGUUAAAAUGAUCGACAAUGUCUAUAAUCCUGCAGCCAUUGCUGUUGAUUGGGUGUACAAGACCAUCUACUGGACUGAUGCGGCUUCUAAGACUAUUUCAGUAGCUACCCUAGACGGAACCAAGAGGAAGUUCCUGUUUAACUCCGACUUACGAGAACCUGCCUCCAUAGCCGUCGACCCAUUGUCUGGCUUUGUUUACUGGUCAGAUUGGGGCGAACCAGCUAAGAUAGAAAAAGCAGGAAUGAAUGGAUUUGACCGACGUCCGCUGGUGACAGCCGAUAUCCAGUGGCCCAAUGGGAUUACGCUUGAUCUUAUAAAAAGCCGCCUCUAUUGGCUUGAUUCCAAGUUGCACAUGUUGUCCAGUGUGGAUUUGAAUGGCCAAGACCGGAGGAUAGUACUGAAGUCUCUGGAGUUCCUGGCUCAUCCUCUUGCACUAACAAUAUUUGAGGAUCGCGUCUACUGGAUAGAUGGGGAAAAUGAAGCAGUCUAUGGUGCCAAUAAAUUCACUGGAUCAGAGCUGGCUACUCUAGUCAACAAUCUUAACGAUGCUCAAGACAUCAUUGUCUAUCAUGAACUUGUGCAGCCCUCAGGUAAAAAUUGGUGUGAAGAAGAUAUGGAGAAUGGAGGAUGUGAAUACCUAUGCCUUCCAGCACCACAGAUUAAUGAUCACUCUCCAAAGUAUACCUGUUCCUGUCCCAAUGGCUACAAUCUAGAGGAAAAUGGGCGAGAAUGCCAAAGGAUCAAUGUGACCACGGCAGUAUCAGAGGUCAGUGUUCCCCCAAAAGGAACAUCUGCUGCCUGGGCCAUCCUUCCUCUUUUGCUAUUGGUGAUGGCAGCAGUAGGUGGCUACUUGAUGUGGAGGAAUUGGCAACACAAGAACAUGAAAAGCAUGAACUUUGAUAACCCUGUGUACUUGAAGACCACUGAAGAGGACCUCUCAAUAGACAUCGGUAGACACAGUGCUUCUGUUGGACACACAUACCCAGCAAUAUCAGUUGUAAGCACAGAUGAUGAUCUAGCUUGACUUCUGAGACCAGUCUCAACCUUUGAGGUAUAAACCAAUAAUGCCCCACUUCGGAAUGGUAACCAAGCCAGCAGCUGAAGUCUCUCUUCCUCCUGUCUGGAAGAUUGUCAAGAUCUCUUUGCGUGGAUCAAGCUUGUGUACUUGACCAUUUUUAUAUGACUUUUGUAAAUAUUCUUGUCCACAUUCUACUUCAGCUUUGGAUGUGGUUACCAAGURUCUGUAACCCUUGAAUUUCUAGACAGUAUUGCCACCUCUGGCCAAAUAUGCACUUUCCCUAGAAAGCCAUAUUCCAGCGAUGAAACUUGUGCUAUAGUGUAUACCACCUGUACAUACAUUGUAUAGGCCACCUGUAAAUACCCCAGAGAACAAUCACUAUUCUUAAGCACUUUGAAAAUAUUUCUAUGUAAAUUAUUGUAAACUUUUUCAAUGGUUGGGACAAUGGCAAUAGGAUAAAACGGGUUACUAAGAUGAAAUUGCCAAAAAAUUUGUAAACUAAUUUUGUACGUAUGAAUGAAAUCUUUGACCUCAAUGGAGGUUUGCAAAGACUGAGUGUUCAAACUACUGUACAUUUUUUUUUCAAGUGCUAAAAAAUUAAACCAAGCAGCUUAACCAUGG